AUGGCCGUCUCUAGCCUGAACAAACCCGCGGCCCCAUCCCUUGGACUGCGAUCUCAGAGAUCUACCCAUCGCCUCAACCAGAUCGAAAAACUGCGUGCCAAUGGUAUCGGCGACCUGAUUGACUUGCCUCAACUUGUUGUCUGUGGCGACCAGUCCGCAGGCAAAAGUUCCGUGCUAGAGGGCAUUACUGGCAUGCCUUUCCCUCGUCAAGAAGGUCUCUGUACCCGAUUUCCCACGGAGAUUGUUCUACGGCACUCUAAUGAGCCAUUCAUGGCGAAGGCCACCAUUCGGCCUCACUCUUCUCGCCCGCCUGGUAUCGCACAGACUCUCAGUAACUAUGUGCGCGAGAUGGAGGAAGACCUCUCCGACCUUCCCGUCGCCAUUGAGGAGGUCUCCAAGCUUAUGGGGAUACGCGGCUUUACCGACUCUCCUGAUGAUGCUGCGUUUGCAUCUGAUGCUCUGCGCAUUGAGAUUUCGGGCCCUACAGGAUUGCAACUGAGCAUUGUUGACCUCCCUGGCCUUAUUUCGGUCUCCAGCGAAGAACAGUCCCAAGCCGAUGUGGAAGCCGUCCAUGCUAUGGUUCGGAGCUAUCUCAAGAGCACCCGGACCAUCAUCCUCGCUGUGGUUCAGGCCAGCAACGACUUUGCCAAUCAAGGCAUAAUCAAGAUCGCCCGCGAGUAUGACCCAGAUGGACAGCGGACCGUCGGUAUAAUCACCAAGCCCGAUCUCAUCAAUGCUGGAGCUGAGGCCAAGCUCGCCAACAUCGCCAAGAACAAGGACGCUAUUAAGCUCAAGCUCGGCUUCUUCCUUCUCAAAAACCCCAGUCCAUCCGAGAUGAAGACCGGCAGUGGCAACAACAAGCGCGCAGAGCGGGAGAUGAACUUCUUCUCUUCUCCAGCCUGGAAGGCUCAGAAUCUCGACAUGAGCCGGGUUGGCAUCGAGAGCCUUAAAGUUUUCUUGCAAGAGCUUUUGGAUGAGCACCUUGAGGGGGAGCUGCCCAAACUGAAGGAGGAAAUCAGACGCAAACUUGACUUGUUUGAAAAGGAUCUCGAAGACAUGGGACCUGAACGACGGUCUCUCAGCGAUAUUCGAUCUUUUAUGACCAACCUUAGUAUGCGCUACUUUCAGCUAGCUCAGGCGGCUCUAGACGGGAACUAUCACUGCUCAGAAUCUACCUUCUUCGAGAAAAAGAAUGGAAGCAGACUUCGCUCCUUGGUCCAUCAGCGGAACGGUGCUUUUGCAGCCAAAGUCCGUGAACAAGGUCACAAACGCGAAGUCACCGACGAUCCACCUACGCCCCGGUCAGAGGAUGGUUACAGCGUUAGCAGCGGGCAAAUCCUUGUGACACGAACCGAGAUGGUCUCCUGGAUUAGGGAGACCUACGUCGAAACCAGAGGUCGUGAGCUUCCUGGCAACUACAACCACAUUUUACUCGCUGAGCUAUUUCAUGAGCACUCCAGUCCGUGGCGCUAUCUCGCAAAAUACCAUGUUUCCACUGUUCUCGAGUGUGUCUCAAAGUGGAUUAGUGUAGCGGUGGCUACGCUUUUCCACGAGGAUCGCCUGCGCAGAGACAUUGGCAGUUUCUGUCAAGAGCGACUAGAGCUUUCUAGAAAGACUGCAUUUAAGGAGCUUGAGCAAAUAUUCUUGGACGAGGACCGCCAUCCAACUACCUACAAUCACUAUUAUACUGACCACAUCCAAAAGGCGCGCAGCACAUCGCAGAAAGACCUACUAGAGGACUCGCUCGCCAUGCUUGGGGGGCACGAUCUAAGAACUUGCGAUGCUAGUGACAGAAAGCUUCUCGUUGAAGAAUUACAACCCAAACUCUGCGUCGGUAUGGACCAGCAAGCAUGUGAGGAGGCUCUCACAGGUCUCAAUGCUUACUACAAGGCACGCACUCAAAUCCUCCUUGUCUUCUCUCUGCUCAAGACACUAAUUAUAUCUCUCAGGUUGCGAUGA